GGAAACACGGAGCUGGGUCGGGAUCGGGAAUAUAUUCCCCGUCAAAUAUUUCGCACUCCCUCCUCCAUCUCUCGUGUAUUCAAGGAUUUCCCACCUCAUUCGAGACGGAUGCGAGAUCCCGAUUCAUGGAUUUUUUUGAACAUGUCUAUAUUCUUUGAUAAUCUUGUCUGUUUUCACUGUAUCUUGUGCUGUCCAAUUCCCUUUGCCGGAUUAUCCUGUCUGUUUUCACUGUAUCUUGUGCUGUCUAAUUUCCUUUGCCGUCCCUUAUUUUGUUCUUAUUUUCCAAUGCAUUCAAUUUUUUUUUAUAUAAAUAAAUACCUCUAUCUAUUAAAUCUCUUCUUUUAUUAAUUAAUUAAAAAAAGAAAGAAAAAAAAUAUAUCAUUCUCUCCAAUGGAGAAACUGUUUGUUCUUCGUCUCUGUCUUGUUCUGAUUCUUUCUUCUUAUUCUCUGUUUCAAUUUGGAACUUCCACUACUCAGAAAUCUCAAGAUGGAAGUGAAGAAUGGGGUUACGUUCAAGUCAGACCAAAAGCCCAUAUGUUUUGGUGGCUUUACAAAAGCCCCUUCAGAGUGGAGGAUGGUUCUAAGCCAUGGCCGACCAUUCUUUGGUUACAGGGCGGGCCGGGUGGCUCGGGAACUGGGUUUGGGAACUUCCUAGAAAUAGGGCCACUGGACUCGAAGUUAAAGCCAAGAAACUCAACAUGGUUGCGAAAAGCAGACCUCUUAUUUGUGGACAAUCCGGUUGGGACCGGAUAUAGCUAUGUGGAGAGUUCGGGACAAUUUGUGAAAGGCGAUUGGGACGCCGCGACCGACAUGACGACUUUGCUGGCUGAGGUUUCGAACGACAGUGUCGGCCUACAGAAUACUCCUUUGUACAUCUUUGCAGAGUCCUAUGGUGGCAAAUUUGCUGUCACUCUCGCUUUGUCCCUCCUUCGCGCCAUCCGAGCUGGCCGUUUGAAACUUAAUCUUGGAGGGGUGGCCUUAGGAGACUCUUGGAUAUCCCCAGAAGAUUUCACCUCUUCUUGGGCCCCUCUUCUCAGAGACCUCUCACGGAUCGGCAGCGUGGCACAACAGCAAUCAAAUAGUUUAGCAUUGAAGAUAAGUGAGGAAAUUAAAAAGGGGAGGUACGAAAAUGCAACACUUUCUUGGAGUAAUCUUGAGGAUUUUAUUUUCGCUAAAAGCAACGGCGUGGAUUUCUAUAAUUUCAUGUUGGAUCAGGAUAUGGAUCCAGUAAUCUCAACAAGUGAAGAAUCAAAUAGCUUUAAUACAGUAAAAGUAAAAGUAAAAAGUUAUUCUGCAUAUCUCAGUCACAAAAUUUACAAGCCAGGAGGUGAAGGAGACUUGGAAGCUUUGAUGAAUGGCCCAAUUAAGCAGAAACUCAAAAUUAUCCCACCAAAUGUCAAAUGGGGAAGUCAAUCGGACACUGUAUUCCUACUUUUUGAAUCAGACUUUAUGAAACCAAGGAUUAAGGAGGUUGAUGAAUUGCUCGUUCAAGGUGUCAAUGUCACUGUAUAUAACGGUCAGGCUGAUCUUAUUUGUUCAACCAAGGGAACAGAAGCAUGGAUCAAUAAACUCAAGUGGAAAGGACUAAAGUCAUUCAUAAACACACAGAGAAUUCCUCUAUUUUGUGGGAAUGAGAAAGGCACCAAAGGCUUCUUUAGGUCAUAUAAAAACUUGAAUUUCUAUUGGAUCCUCGGAGCAGGCCAUUUUGUUCCAGUUGAUCAGCCGUGUGUGGCAUUAGAUAUGGUGGGAAAAAUCACACAGUCACCCGCUUCUUGAUGUAGCUAUUUUUGACCACGAAAACACACAAA